UCAGUUAUUCUGCCCUGUUUUACAUAAAGUGAAACCGCUUACAGUGUAAAAGACUCCAGCAUGUUUGCUUCCACAUGUUUGAUCAUCCUGGUGCUGUGGUGUUGCACAAACGAGAGCAAUGGGUUCCAGCUGGACAGACCACGUCUCCAGGGCCCUUCAGUGGCUUCGCUGAAAGAAAUCGCUGUCUUUACGUGUGAGAUUAAAAAUCAACUAACUAAUGAAACGAUCCUUCUGAGAUUAUUCAAAAAGGAUGACCGUGAAGAGAUAUUGGGAGAGUACUCCCUCCCACCCGAUGAGGAAAUCGGUGUCUUUCCCAGGGAAAUCAAGGAUUUCUAUGAGGGCUACCUUGAGUGUGAGGCCAGCAUACAAAACAACACUGAGAUAAAUGCUACUGUGAGCCAAGGACACUUCUUUAGGGUUUUUGAGCCUGUCAGAGGUGCAGAAAUUCUUCACGAGGGUCCAACAGAGAUCUUUGAAGGAGACAAACUAGAGCUACAAUGUAAAGCUGCAGCUGGAAGUAAUGUGUACUAUAAAUUUUUUCUCAAUAAGUAUUCCAUCACUAAACAUCGCCAAGGAAUGAAUGACAGCUGGCUGAUAAUCCCAAGAGUGUCCUCUAAAGACGGCGGCACCUACAGCUGUAUGGCUUUAAACCAGUUCAAUGACACGAUCUUCCAUUCCAACAGCUCGGGCAUUGUUAUCACCAUUAAAGAGUCAGUUGAAGGUGCAACGAUCGUUUACACCGGUCCAACAGAGAUCUUUGAGGGAAACUACCUAGAUCUACAAUGUAAAGUUGAACCUGGAAAGCAUGUGUCCUACAAAUGGUUUCUUAAUGACCGCCUCAUCACUGCAUCUCCUUUUCACUUGAUUGGAGAUAACCGCUUGAGGAUCUCCAGAGUUUCCUCUAAAGACAGCGGCUCCUACAUGUGUCAGGCUAUAUACGUCCUCAAUGAAACAAUGAUGUCCACCUUCAACAGCCCGGAAGUUUUGAUUACCAUUAAAGACUUGGUGUCUGCUCUUGACAUUUCCUUUACUGUAGUGAAGGAGGAUGAUCACAAUUAUUCAGCCAUCGUUUCUUGUGAGUCUGCGCGGGGAGAUCCACCUAUAAUCUUUUCCCUUUACCAUGGCAAAGAGCUGAUUGGCACUGUGAAUCAGUCAGAGAGAAACGUCACCUUCAAGAUCCCAGCUGUUAUUGGCCAACACUCUGGAUGGUUGCAGUGUCAGGCCAACAACGGGGGUCAGACUACAUACAGUUCAUGGUUGCCCUUUGAAAUUGUCCCAGUUUCUGGCCCAGUCAUGAUCGAUUCUGACCAUAUCAUGGCAGAAAACUAUGCUAUCAUCGGUCUUAUACUCUACUGCAAGGUAGCAAAGGGAACUCACCCACGAUUCCAGUGGUACCACAACCAGACCCUUCUACAAGAUCAAGGAAGUUUCUACUAUGUGGUCCAUCAGCCACCAGAACAAUCACUACUGGUGAUGUCAGUGGACACACGCAGCUCUGGGAUGUACCGCUGUAAAGUGUGGGACAGCUUUGAUGACACUAAGUUUAUAAGCAGCAAGAGGCUCUAUGUAGACAAAGAAGUGCUGAACCACCUUCCCAUUGCAGUGGUGGCUGUUGUCCUCAGUUGUUUCGUGCUUCUGAUUCUCCUUGUAGUGUUUUGUUGCAUUUCAGGAAUCAUGUUCACGAGGAAGCAGUAUCAAUCAAAAUUAAACGCAAGUCUUAAAAUGGACCGAAUAAGUGUUGUAUCUGUAUCUGAGGAUGACCUGAACCUGGCAGAAUACGGGGAGGACCCUGAUGUGGGAAGAGCACCCAGAGAGCAUGCAUUUUAUCAGGAAUCUGAAUCCUCUGAAGAGGAGUGGUCUCUACACGAGGAGGAAAGAAGAACACUGGAGUUUUAAGCUGAUUGAAAGGAUUUUUUUAUUGAUGUAUUUACUGUGGGUAAUAUGUCCCGUGAUUCUGUUCUAGUGUGAAAAUUUGAUAGUUUCUAACAAAAUAAAGAGAGCCUUCCAAAA